UUAAUUGACUUUUUGGUUGAGAAUUUUUUGUUCUUCUUUCUUGUUUAAUUGUUACAAUUUAAAUGUUUAAUUGUGAUUAUUGGGUCUCUUUUAGCAAUCAUCUUAAAUUACCCGAUCUUAUUAAUCUUAAGACUUUUGCCAAAUUCUAAAUUAUCUUAUUGUUAUUGUGAUACAAAAUUAUUCUAUCACUGCUGCUACUGCAGCUUCCACACACCAACAUAGUCUUACUUUCACUUCUCUCUUUUUCUCUUUCUUUCUAUUUUAUUUUCUACUCUCUUUAGUGUUAAUUCUCUUUCUUCCUUCUCUUUCUUUUCUUCUCUCUCUCUCUCUCUCUCUUUCUUUCUAUUUUUCCCUUUGGUUUACACUCUCCUUUAACUUCUCUCUUUGGACCUUUUACUUUUUUGUUUCUACUGUUAUCUCUCUGUUCAUCUUCUUCUCUCAAUCGGCUGUUUUAUUCUGUUCUGGUUGUAAGUUUAAGGUUGGGAACACGAGAUGGAAACAAGAAUUCAAACCAAUUCCAAUAAAUUCCCUUUAAUCAAUUUAAAUCCAAUUGAAUGUAAAGAGGGUAUUGACGAACGGUUAAUAUCAACCCACCGUAUUUUAAUUCCUGCUACAUCACCUGUUGUUACCACCCAAACUAUCAAUAACGCUGUUGCCCAGAAUAAUAAUACAAUUAGCAUCACAAGUUAUACAACUGCGUCAGUUGUUUGGGCUUGUCCAUCUUGCAAAAUUCCAUUCAAAAGUGCCACCGAACUUCAAAGUCAUUUGACGGUGCAUACAAAAGUAGAAAAAAGUGUCCCUUGUCAACAAUGUGGUAAAUUGUUCGCUAGUGCUGAAAGAGUAAGAAUACAUAUAAGACAAGCUCAUGGGGAGAAGUCUUGUGCAUGUGAAAUCUGUGGAUCAGGAUUUUCUUAUAGAUGUAAAUUACUUGAUCAUAUGCGUACACAUACAGGUGAUAAACCAUUCACUUGUGAAACUUGUGGACGUUCAUUUUCACAGAAAAAUCACCUCAGAAGACAUUCUAUGAUCCAUACUGGAGAGAGGCCUUUUCCUUGUGAUAUUUGUGGUCGAGGUUUUUAUCGUAAAGAUAAAUUAAAUCGACAUCGAAAAACUCACUUAAAUCCAGGUGGAAAUCGAGGGAAUCGAGCAAACAACAAUCAUACCACAACUUUAGCUAAUAAUUUACCUUCAUCAUUAGUUGUAGCUCAACCUCAACAUAUUAAUGUUAAUUCGAUACCAUCAUCUACAACAAUCCAACUAAUUUCCUUACCAUUGGACUCACCUUUGGGAACGCAAUUCACUUUUAAUUCGGCACCAACCCAUCAACAACAACAACAACAACAGCAACAGCAACAACAACAGCAACAACAACAACAACAGCAGCAGCAGCAGCAACAACAACAACAACAACAACAACAGCAACAACAACAAAAGCAGCAGCAGCAACAACAACAACAACAGUCCAUCCAACAGCAAACCGCACCACAACCCCAACAAUCUGCAACACAAGCACCUCAACAACAACAACAACAACAAUCACCGCAAUCACAAGAGCAGGCUCAACAACAACAAACACAAAAACAAGCACAAGUCCAACCAUAAAUGUAAUAAAUAUAUAUUAUAUAUACAUACAUAUAUUUGAAACACGAAAAUUCAAUUAAAUGGGAAUAAAUCUGAAAACGGAUUAACCCCAUAGAAUAUAGUCAAUGUUGCUUGGAAAGUAAAGAAAAAGACCCAACAUCACCAUAUAUACACAAUUCACAAUGACAAACAAAAAAGAUCGUAAAAAAAGAGCUUAUAAGCUUCUAACACUAAUUUAACAACAAGAACAAAAAAAACUGCAAUCAAUUUUUUCACUCCAAAUCAAACAAAAAAAGGAGCUUUAUAUUUGUUGAAAAUACAUUGAUUAACUUAAAGUGUAA